AUGGCGCUCGCUGCUGAACAGGCAGCAAUCGAACCCGGAGGUGCGACUGCCCGGGGCCCUCAACCAGGCCUCGACGCCGAGGCGGAGGCUCAAAAGGAUGGCGCGGAGGAGGAGGAGCCUCCGUCGCCAGGGGCGGAGGCCGUGCCAACACCCGGAGCCACGGAUGUGGGCCCGGGCUUUGACUUUCAGUCGCACCUGGAAGCGACCAUCUCUGGGGAGCAGCUGGGAUAUUUGUUUGCGUCUUCCGACUUCAAGGACUACGGGCAAGGGAAGCAGUUGACCAUCUCAGUAGACGAGGCUGCAGCAGGCGCACUGUAUGCGGCCGCCAUGGGAAUAGGUUACGGCGCCACAGCUCCUGCUCCACAGUUGGCCUCGCAGAUAGCCUCGGACCCAAUGGCAUGUCAAAUUCUUUGGCAUAAGGAUGGGACGCCCGGAGCGAAUCAGAGCUGGCAACAAGCGAGUUUCUAUGGUCAACAGAACAGCAAUCAGCUGGCUUUGCCCCACCUGGCUCAACAGAAUCAGUGGCAGCACGACCCCUACGCUCGGUACAACCCGCAGUACCAGAAUCAUCUGGCCUACCAGCAGUACUUCCGCAACCAGGAACGGCCCCUCUCCUCGAGGAGAGGAGCCAGGGCGAAACGGGAGAACGCCCGAGAGAUGGCUUCCGAGGAGGAGCAGAAAGAGGACAAGAAGGCCCAAGGCGAGGCUUCGCCACAGGAGCCCAAGAAGUCUUCGGGCAAGCACAAAGCAUCUUCUGCCCGGGCUCCGAAGAAGCCCAAAGUUUUAAGCGACCUCCUCGUUGUCUCCACCCGUCCGGGGGAGCCGGGAGACCGGGCUAUUCUGGAGUGCACGGCCCCGGAUUCCGCCUCUCAGUCCGAGGAGGAACCCGCCGAGCCCCGAAGGAAGACGUUGCUGCAGCCUGUUCAGAUGAGCAAUAUCAGCCAGGUCAUGUUUGACGACGACCUUUUUGAGGACGAGGAGGAAGAGGACAAAGAAUCCGACGAAGUUGUGGUUGUCGAAGACAAGCCCAGCAUCUCCCACAAGCAAGCGCAGUCAGCUCAUCUGCUGGCAAGCCUGCAGCGACUGGGUGAGCAACGCGGUGCCACGGCUCCAGCGGCUCACUUGCCUCCGAAGCCUUUACCAGCAAGCCCUCCGCGCCGGCUGCGGCCGAGAACCAGCCCUUUCGUUGGCAAGGCCCCUCCAAGGGCACACAAGGGCUACCGUUGCUAUGGAUCAGUGGCAUCCCGGCCCACGACCGUUGGCUCAGCCACUGCCUCUGACCACCUCUGGACGCGGCCAGGCACGGUCGAGACGAAGUCGAAGACACCUGCAGAGACCGAGCAGACACCUUCGAGACCUGACUGGGCCUGGGCCUCAGUCGCAAACCGGAGAGGGUCGGCGUUUCCAGAGACAAUAAGCACAUGCACCGACAUGUAUGUGUGUAUCACACACACAUAUAUAUAUAUAUAUACAUACAUAUACGCUCUUUUUAACUCUUUUUUAUUUGUUUUUUAUAUUUAUAUUCGUAUUUAUAUAUACCAAACCAAAAAUCCACACCCUAAGCCCUGA